CAGUUCGAAGCUGUAAGUUUCACAAGGGUGCUUUAAGUGAAGAACACAUGGAAAACACAGGAUCGUCCUGAUCUUUCUGCGAGUGGAGACAUCUGCCAGUGCAAGGGGGGACACACAAAGCAGAGCCUUUGGGGAACAGAGCAUCGGAGAAUAAAAGGAGAUUAGGCAUUCUUCCACGGGGGGAGCAUUACAAUACUAAGGCAGGCAAUGCCGUUUGGAUGUGUAACUUUAGGUGACAAGAAGGAUUACAAUCAGCCUACAGAAGUGAGCGACAGAUAUGAUCUGGGGCAGCUUAUCAAGACGGAGGAAUUCUGUGAGGUAUUUAGAGCCAAAGAGAAAUCUUCUGGGAAGCUUUAUACCUGCAAACGAUUUCUGAAAAGAGAUGGGCGCAAAGUAAGGAAGGCAGCCAAAAAUGAAAUUAACAUUCUGAAAAUGGUCAAACAUCCAAAUAUCCUGCAGCUGGUUGACGUGUUUGAGACUCGCAAGGAAUACUUCAUCUUUAUGGAGCUUGCAUCAGGCCGUGAGGUUUUUGAUUGGAUCUUGGAUCAAGGCUAUUAUUCAGAGCGAGACACAAGCAAUGUUAUCCGACAAGUCUUGGAGGCUGUGGCUUAUCUGCACUCACUGCGCAUUGUGCAUAGGAAUCUCAAGUUGGAAAACUUGCUGUAUUUCAAUCGAAUGAAGAAUUCCAAAAUAGUCAUUAGCGAUUUCCAUUUGGCCAAAGUGGAGACCAGCCUCAUCAAGGAGCCCUGUGGGACCCCAGAGUAUUUGGCUCCUGAGGUGGUUGCACGGCAGAGAUAUGGACGACCAGUAGACUGCUGGGCAAUUGGAGUCAUUAUGUACAUACUGCUUUCUGGAAACCCUCCAUUUUACGAUGAGAUGGAGGAGGAAGAUUAUGAGAGCCAUGACAAGAAUUUAUUUCGGAAGAUCCUGCAUGGAGAUUAUGAGUUUGACUCGCCGUAUUGGGAUGAUAUUUCGCCUGCAGCCAAAGACCUGGUUACUCGUCUGAUGGAAGUGGAACAAGACCAGAGGGUCACUGCCGCAGAUGCCAUCAGCCAUGAAUGGAUUUCAGGAAAUGCUGCGUCUGAUAAGAAUAUUAAAGAUGGAGUUUGUGCUCAGAUCGAGAAGAACUUUGCCAAAGCCAAAUGGAAGAAAGCGGUAAGGGUGACCACAAUGAUGAAGAGGCUGAGGGCCCCGGAGCAGCCCAGAACACCUUCUCCUUUAAAAGAUGGCGAGCAAACCCCUGGGCUGGCCACACCAGCCCCUUCACCUUCACCUGCCAGUACGCCAGCUGAGGGUGACCCUUCCCUGCUCUGUCCCUCUCCCGAGGGCACUGGCUGAGAAGUAAUAGGAGGGAGACGGCAAAUAUAUAUAAAAAGAAUAAUAAAAAAAGAAUAAUUUAAAAAAAAAUAAAAAAAAAAUAAACCCUUCCUCAUAAAUCUCCCAUUUACUGCAGAGCAUAUUACCACAAAACCUUACCCAUCAUCUAACCGUGAAAAGCUUUGCAGAGAGUAUUCAUUAACCACUGAUCUGCCAGGGUUUUGAAAACCAUUGCAGAGCAAUGCUGGGCCCAUUGUCAGGAAAACGCAUUUAAGCGGUAAUAUCAAUUGCGAUAAAGACCACUGCUUUCUUUUCUGCAUUAACCCUUCCACUGCUACAGCAGAGAAUUACUUUAACUCUUAACCCUUUAGUUGCUACAGAAAUCUGCCGCACUGUUAGACUGAUAUUAUUUCUCCCUUCAUUAACCUUUGUGCUGCUGAAACCGCAGGGCACUGCUCCGUUGUCGCAUUCACUCCUUCCCUAAAAUUAAGAUUAAGUUAUAUCUCUUUGUACAUGUCCCCGGGAAGGCAAGUUUCUAUUCUCAGAUAUACCCUUUUCAUUUGCUUCCUCAACUAAAUCUUUAAUUUUGCCUCCUGCCUGGGACAACUUCCCAGCGUCUUUCCUUCCUGUUGGCAGGAGGGGCAUGUAAUGUACAGAACUUUACCCCGUGUUUUGUAUGCUUUACUUUAAAUAAACUUGCUGCUUCUCCCA